AUGGCAGCACCGAACCCCAUAGCACGUCCAACGCGUCCGGUGCUACGACAGUCUCUUUCGAGUAACUCCUUCAUCCAGGACCAUCAACAGUAUAAGCCUCCAGUUUCAUUCACUCAAAACAUCGAAGAUGUCCUGGGAGCCUCCCGCGAGUCUCUACUACAGUCGCUCUCUAAUCUCCAUGUCAAUCCCAUCAGCCCCGAUCCCGAAAAGGUCACUGAAAGCGGCAUUGUUCACACCAUUUUCAAUCAUCAGACAAAUCCCCUUCCGACUGGAACUCCAAAACUGGUAGCAACUAUCAUCUACAAGUCCGCCAAUCCCGUCCAUCCUCAUCUCCAUCCCGACUCUUCCCCAAAUGCGAAUAGGCUCCCGUCCCCCAUGGUUCCUGUAGGAUCCGCUCCGACGGUUGAUAUUGAGAAGCUCCCACGGGAGCCUCCAGCUCCGGAGCCGGAGCCACUCGAUCAUCUGUAUGGUCCGUUCGUCUCCCAGCUGUGUUUGACCAACUUCCUCCAGAUUAUGGAAUCCCUCUCGACGCCUUACCAGCGCAUGAAUACCUCUCAUCGCUGUUUGGAUCAAGAUGAUCAGCCGCGCGUCGUCGAGGUUACUCUCUCUCCUCCGCCGAAUCCUGAGUACCUUUCUUUCGAAGAUCUUCGCAAACACGAGAGCAUAUGGCGCUUCGAGCGCGAAUGGAAUGUCGAGGUGGUCCUUCAGAAGGAAAGCGUCUUCCGUCGCCACAAGCGUCUGGUUGUAUUCGAUAUGGAUAGCACUUUGAUCCAGAAUGAGGUGAUCGAUGAAAUUGCCAAAUUCGUUGGCGUUGAGAAGGAAGUUUCGGAAAUUACUGAACGUGCCAUGAACGGAGAGCUUGACUUCUCCGCGUCGCUUAAAGAGCGUGUCGGUCUCUUGAAGGGCGUUCCAGCUGACGUGUUCGAGAAGUUGAAGCCUGUACUCACCGUUUCGCCUGGCGCUCGCGAACUGUGCAAAGCUCUGAAGAAGCUCGGUUGCAAACUUGCGGUCUUGAGCGGAGGAUUCCAGCCUCUGGCGGAAUGGCUCGCUGGCCAACUCGGCAUCGAUUAUGCAUUUGCCAAUCAUCUUGAAAUUGAUGAGGCGUCUCAAACCCUCACGGGCAAGCUUGUACCGACCCACCCUAUUAUUGACGCAAGCAAGAAGCGUGAGCUUCUCAAGUCUCUCGCGGCAGAUAACGGCAUUCCAAUCUCCCAAGUCGUCUCUGUCGGCGACGGGGCGAAUGACCUUCUUAUGCUUCAUGCGGCUGGCCUUGGAGUCGCCUGGCGCGCCAAGUCCAAGGUCCAGCUUGAGGCACCGACUCGUCUCAAUGGUGAAAGUAUGUUGGACAUUCUCUAUCUCUUUGGUAUGACGAAAGAGGACAUCAAGGAGUUAGUUUCCGACGAUGCUUGA